AAGGAAGGUGACGCUAUGAACGAAAAAGGAAGGUGUCGGCCGUUUGUCCGACCGUGCCCGUUCCGCUGAGCUCAUCGUGCAACUCUCCCCCCGACUCCCACCUCCUCUUCCUCGACGCUUGCGUCGCACUCCCCCUUUUUUCCAACCAUGUUGCAGGCCUCUAGACGAGUCGUAACUCGACGUGUACCUCGGACCGCAUCCGCGCUCCAGGUCGGUCGCUGGAAUUCUUCGCGAGGCCUCGCAACUCCAGCGGAACCCUAUGAUUGCGUCGUCAUCGGCUCAGGUCCCGGUGGCUACGUCGCAGCUAUCAAGGCUGCACAACUCGGUCUGAAGACGGCAUGCAUCGAAAAGCGCGAGACACUCGGCGGCACAUGUCUCAACGUCGGCUGCAUCCCGUCAAAGGCCAUGCUCAACAACUCGCACAUUUACCACCAAACGCAACACGACAUUCAACGGCGUGGUAUAGAUGUGUCCGGUGUAUCGUUAAACCUCCCGGUCAUGCUCAAGGCGAAGGAGGACGCCGUCUUUUCGCUGACCCGUGGUAUCGAGACGCUCUUCAAGAUGAACAAGGUUGACUGGGUGAAGGGCUCCGCAUCCUUCAUCUCACCCAACAAGAUCAGUGUCCAGCUGAACGACGGCGGCGAGACCGAGAUUGAUGCAAAGAACGUCAUCAUCGCUACCGGCUCGGACGUCGCACCUUUCCCCGGUGGCAACAUCGAGAUUGACGAGGAGCAGAUCGUCUCGUCAACCGGCGCCCUCUCCCUCAAGGAGGUGCCGAAGAAGCUGGUUGUCAUUGGCGGCGGUGUGAUCGGUCUCGAGCUUGGGAGCGUCUGGAGUCGACUUGGUGCUGAGGUCACCGUCGUUGAAUUCCUGGGUGGUAUCGGUGGUGCCGGCAUCGACGAGGAGAUUGCCAAGCAAUUCCAGCGCAUCCUCGCGAAGCAGGGCAUCAAGUUCAUGCUGAACACUAAAGUCACGUCUGCUGAGAAGCGCGACGGCAAGGUCUACAUCCAGACCGAGGGCGCCAAGGGCGGCCAAGAGGCGACCGUUGACGCGGACGUCGUGCUCGUCUCUGUCGGGCGUGUCCCCGUGACGGCCAGCCUCGGACUCGACAAGAUCGGCGUGGAGGUGGACCCGCGCGGGCGCAUCGUGAUCGACGACCAGUACAACACGUCCGUCGCGGGCGUGAAGUGCAUCGGAGACGUCACCUUCGGGCCCAUGCUCGCGCACAAGGCCGAGGAGGAGGGCAUCGCGGCGGUGGAGUACAUCAAGACGGGGCACGGGCACGUCAACUACCACGCGAUCCCGAGCGUCGUGUACACGCACCCGGAGGUCGCGUGGGUCGGGAAGACGGAGCAGGAGUUGAAGAAGGCGGGGGUGCAGUACAAGGUCGGCAAGUUCCCGUUCCAGGCGAACUCGCGCGCGAAGACGAACGCGGACACGGAGGGGCAGGUGAAGUUCCUCACGGAGAAGGAGACGGACCGCAUCCUGGGCGUGCAUAUCGUCGGCCCGAACGCGGGCGAGAUGAUCGCGGAGGCGACGCUCGCGCUCGAGUACGGCGCGAGCUCGGAGGACGUCGCGAGGACGUGCCACGCGCACCCGACCCUCAGCGAGGCGUUCAAGGAGGCGGCGAUGUCCGCGUCGUCGAAGCCGAUCCACUUUGGUUGAAGGUGGUGUUUUCGGUGUUGAACGUUGAUUGUCGUGUUUGUUGUGCUCUCUAAUACAUCUAUAGCAUCUUUCUCUUGUUGGAUACACGCUCGAGUGCAUCGCUGCAACUCGCAACACGGCCACCAGACGUGGCUCGAACCUGCUCGGUUCCGCCC